CUAUUAGUUGCAUUAUUUGUUCGGAGUGCACUAGAAUCGAUUACGGACCUCAAUAUGUGUUUCGAUAUGAAGCUGAUUCUUAUUGCAAUUUUAACAUUUACCGCGGUUGGAAGUGCUCAAUUUCGGAAAGAUUCGGAGGAUUCCAUCCUCAACGGUUUGUCUUGGGAGUGCGCAAACAAUGCCAGUUGCGUGAAUGGAAUCGCUUUAAGCGUAAUUAGUCGCUUCGACAGGCGGGAGCCAAUCGACUUUGGGCUUUUCAGCAUAAAUCCCGCCCAGCACAGCCCUGUGCAGGGUCGCUCAAACAAAUUUUUAGAAUUUCUAAGUGGAAACGCUAUCCGAAUCCCUAUGGGUCCCAUGGUGUUUAGUGUUCAACAGUCGGAACAAGAUAGUGAUUACCUUGAAGUUGCCUUGCUGAAAAGUGUUGCUGAGCAGGGUCGUGGAAGAAAGCGCGUGUCGCACAAGGAGAAGAAGCAGCUCCAACUUAUGAUUCCAAUGUUCCUAGCAGCAAAUGCGGUGGGAUGGACUUUAUUUGCUGUUAAAGCUGUUGGAGUACUCACAGUGAAGGCUUUGCUCAUGUCAAAGCUGGCACUGUUAGUAGCUACCGGAAUCAUAGUAAAACGACUGAUGGAGAAAGCAAGCGAAAAAAUGAUGCUUCCUCCAUAUCUCGAUCAUCACCCAGAACACCACCCUUAUUUAAUGCCAUAUAAUAUGGAAUAUGCAUUGCCUUCUCAUCCGAUUGCUGCCGCAGAUGUUGCUCAUGUUAGCCAUGAUGACCUAUAUUCAAUACACGUAGCGAAUCCACAUGAAAUGACUUCUUCCGCAAUUGGACAAAUGGUGGCAGAAAGUUCUUUGUCGCACGCAAUCGAACAUCCAAAUGGCACUUCACCCCAAGUCGCGUUGGCUGGAGGUGCGUAUAAAGUGAAGAGAGAUGACACAGAGUGGGCAGGUGUAACAAGAAGGCCCGUAGUUUACAGAUACGUCGUUCCGCACAACCCUGUCCAUGUAUACCGUCAGACGUGAAUCAUUUUCGUAAAAUAAUUCUCCAGAGUUGGUGUUAUUUAUUUAUUUAUUUAU